UUUAUUUUGGGAGGAGUCAGAGAGGCUGUUUAUAUCCAUUUAACUUCAUACAAAUACUUACUAUCAGUUUUGUAAAAGGAAAGGAUCUCUGCAACACUCGCCGACCCUGUGUCUCAGAAUUCGACAUGCACUGCUAUGGGGACCUGGUCAGCUAUCUCAGCUGUGGGAUGAUCCUGACGGGACUCGGACACUUGGUCCAUCACAGGAAGACACAGCCUUCCUAUGGCCGCCACAUGGGACCCUCUCCUCUGGCUCGGAUGGUGCCAGCCAGAGUCGGCUGGUUCCUGCAGGAGAUGCCGGCUUUCCUGAUCCCCGUACUAUUAAUGCUCACCUCGCACAAAGGCUCCAGUAUGGGGAAGUACCUGCUGCUUGGGACCUUUUGCAUGCACUACUUCCAAAGGACGUUCGUCUAUUCACUGCUGACCAGAGGAAAGCCUGUCCCGCUGGCUGUGAUGGUGGCUGCAGGUUUCUUCUGCUGUCUGAAUGGCUUCCUGCAGGGACAUUACCUGCUGCACUGUGCCCAGUUUGAUGAUGAGUGGUCAGCUGACUAUCGCUAUAAAACUGGUUUGUUUCUGUUUUAUACCGGCAUGGCCAUCAAUAUACAUAGUGACUAUAUUCUACGUAACUUGAGGAAACCAGGGGAAGUAGUUUACAAGAUUCCCACAGGAGGUCUGUUUGAAUAUGUGUCUGGUGCCAACUACUUAGGAGAGAUAGUGGAGUGGUUCGGCUAUGCUGUAGCCACCUGGUCCCUUCCGGCGCUCUCGUUCGCUUUGUUUAGCCUGUGUUUCAUCGGACCAAGAGCUUAUUACCAUCACAGUUUCUACCGAGAAAAAUUCAAGGACUAUCCCAAGUUACGCAAGGCUUUGAUUCCAUUCAUCUUCUGAGAGGAGAAGCUCCCGGCUGUCAUCUUGUGAGGGCCAACAAUGAUUGAACCGACAGGAGAAGACAAGCAGAG